CUUACCGAUCUAUGUACCUUCGUAUGCCAUAUUCUUUCUUCAUUUGCAUUGGAUCUCUGAUGUGGCUGGUGGCCGAAGAUCUAGCUGUGUUUUCCGAGAAGCGAACAGGAAGCGCUUUCUUCCGGACAACUCGCCUAGCAAGCGAGAUAGAUGCACUGCAUGUCGCCACAGUUCUUCCAGGAUACAGCUCUUCUAUACAAGAUAGCAUACUCACUGCAUACUCUUACUAUCUUGCUGCGGACUUUGCUGUGCAGGCUGAUGCAAAUUCCAUCGUAUUUCAUGCCAGGUCAAGCACGAUCUUCCGGCUUCUUCUAGGCUGACAAUGCGAUGCAUCCGUGGUCGUAUUUUUACGAUGUAGCAUGUACGCUGCACCUCAGCCUAGCGAUGCUGACCCUGAGGCUGAGUUUUGGCAGACGGGAAAGCACUGCUCCUGCAGAUGUCAUCAUCAUUGGCAUUCAUAUGCUUGUACGGAGUACGCAAACGGCUUUGUCUGCAGCGGACAAAACAUCCGGCAAGCCGCACAGUCUUACGGGUCAGAUCCAAUACGGGGACGUACCCUUUUUCUGGUCCUCUUUUUCCCUGGAUCGAGCACGGAUAUUCGGAUACCUAGAAGAGCAGCAUGAUCGGCCCCUGGUCAGCUGGUUCAUACUACAAUAUAACGACAUCACUCAGGCCAUUCCGCUCUGGGUCGAUGACAUUUACAGAGUAGUGGAGAAACUUCUACUGGUGCUCCAGGUGAGGAGGUCGCCGCAAAGCCGACAGCACCAUGGAAAGUGCUUGACUAUGCUGCCGCUUCCCAUCAUGAACCUUCUCCCGCGAACACAAGUGACGUUGAUACACGACUGUCGCGGCUCUGGAUUGUGCUUCGUACCCGUGUGUGACUACGGGUCCCGGACUUGACCGCGAGGGUCAAGCUAUAUGCGAAAGCAAAUGUAUGAGGUGCUGGUACGUUUCUUUUUCCACACCAGUUUCCAAGGUGGAUAUUCCGUGGCAUU